AUGCUUUUCUUUUCAUUUUUCAAAACUCUUGUUGAUCAAGAGGUGGUUGUUCAGCUAAAGAAUGAUAUAGAAAUAAAGGGCACUUUGCAGUCAGUAGAUCAGUUUCUUAACUUGAAACUGGAUAACAUAUCAUGCAAUGAUGAUAAGAAAUAUCCACACCUAAGCUCUGUGAGGAAUAUAUUUAUCAGAGGUUCUACUGUGAGGUAUGUUUAUCUAAACAAGAACAUGGUUGACACUAACCUACUCCAGGAUGCCACCAGAAGAGAACACCUAAGUGAUAGAAAGUGA